CCGACACGUCAACUAAUUUAUACUAUUACAGUAACAAUCAAUUAUGGAAAAGAAAAUAAAAGAGGAUAUAAUAGAAAAUGUACCGGAAGGGUCCUAUCGGCCACAUGGAUCGACCACGUGGACCGACACGUCAUGUCCUAUCAGAUAUUGACGCAGCUUAGUUAUCACUUCGGCUCGGCAAGGGACCGAGAACCGCAUCCUUCCCCUAUCGGCUCGGCCAGACGCCGAAGACGACGUCUCAGCCGUUCCGUAUCGGCUCGGCUGAAGGUCAACAGAGACAGAAUAAUUAGAACGACGUUCAUGAUUAACGAGAGACAAAGCACAAUUAAGACAUAACCCGCCGAUUAACAUCGUAUUACCUAAUUUGGUAAGUGUCAGAAAAGGCUCACCAUGCUCAGGCCCAUGUCAAGUAUUAUAAAUAGGUCACACGUAACGAGGUAUGUCGGUGUUCAAUUAUUACCCUAGAGAUUCGUGUUUGUCCUAACUUGAGCGUCAGAGUACCUUUUGCAGGUACCUCCCCCCUCUGAAGCAUCCACCCGAAGCUCCUGUUCGGCCCUCUACCCACCUGAAAAUUACGAGUGUGUCCUUAGACAGCUCUGAUCGAUAGAUAGCAGUGAGAAUGGGGAGUAAGAAGAAGGCAUCGCCUCUCUCAUUGCAGCAAUUCAUCUCCAUCACCGCUCCUCUUCUUGACUUGGAAAAGGAUGCUGAGAUUUCAAGCUCAAUCGCCAUCGGCGCCUCCAGGAACUUGGACACCGCUCAAAAGAGGGGUUCCACCAUCCUCAACUUGAAGUGCGUCGAUGUCCAGACAGGGCUCAUGGGGAAGUCUCUGAUUGAGUUCCAGUCUACAAAAGGAGAUGUUCUUCCUGCACACAAGUUUAGUACUCAUGAUGUCGUCGUUUUAAAACUCAACAAGUCUGAUUUAGGUUCUCCUGCUCUUGGUCAAGGUGUAGUUUACAGAUUAAAGGAUUCGUCAAUAACUGUUGCUUUUGAUGAUAUACCAGAAGAUGGUUUAAACAGUCCCCUAAGGCUGGAAAAAGUAGCAAAUGAGGUGACAUAUCGCAGGAUGAAAGAUGCACUGAUACAAUUGAGUAAAGGAGUGCACAAGGGUCCUGCCUCUGAUCUGAUUCCUGUCUUGUUUGGGGAGAGGCCACCGACAGUGUCAAAGAAGGAUGUAUCCUUCUCUCCCUUUAAUAUCAAUCUUGAUCAUUCCCAGAAAGAAGCGGUUUCAAAAGCUCUAUCAUCAAAGAAUGCAUUCUUGCUGCAUGGGCCUCCUGGAACGGGAAAAACUACAACAGUUGUAGAAAUUAUAUUACAAGAAGUGAAACGUGGAUCUAAGAUUCUUGCUUGUGCUGCUUCAAAUAUUGCUGUUGAUAACAUUGUUGAGCGGCUAGUUCCACAUAGAGUUAAGCUGGUGAGACUCGGUCAUCCUGCACGGUUAUUGCCUCAAGUACUGGACAGUGCGCUGGAUGCUCAGGUACUACGAGGAGAUAAUAGUGGUCUUGCAAAUGACAUUCGGAAAGAAAUGAAGGCAUUGAAUGGAAAGCUUCUGAAAACCAAAGACAGAAAUACGAGAAAGGACAUACAAAGGGAACUUAGGACUCUAUCCAAAGAAGAACGUAAAAGGCAGCAGCUUGCUGUAACAGAUGUACUCAAGUGUGCAGAUGUAAUAUUAACUACUUUGAUUGGGGCUUUCUCUAAGAAACUAGACAGCACUUCAUUUGAUUUGGUGAUUAUUGAUGAAGCAGCUCAAGCACUUGAGAUAGCAUGCUGGAUACCUCUGCUGAAGGGUUCAAGAUGUAUACUUGCAGGGGACCAUCUUCAACUUCCUCCAACCAUUCAAAGUGUUGAAGCUGAGAAGAAAGGCUUAGGAAGAACACUCUUUGAACGUCUUGCAGACAUGUAUGGAGACGAAAUCACAUCAAUGCUUACUGUCCAGUACCGCAUGCAUGAACUUAUCAUGGAUUGGUCUUCUAAAGAGCUUUACGACAGUAAGAUCAAGGCUCAUCCAAGUGUUGCUGCACAUAUGUUAUAUGAUCUUGAGGGUGUGAAGCGGACAACUUCAUCUGAACCAACCCUUCUUCUCAUAGACACAGCUGGAUGUGAUAUGGAAGAAAAGAAAGAUGAAGAAGAUAGCACCUUUAAUGAAGGCGAAGCUGAGGUUACCGUGGCUCAUGCAAAGAGACUAGUGCAGAGUGGGGUGCUUCCUUCUGAUAUUGGAAUUAUUACCCCAUAUGCUGCCCAGGUUGUUUUGCUCAAGAUGUUGAAAAACAAGGAGGACCGGCUGAAGGAUGUUGAAAUCUCAACAGUUGAUGGUUUCCAGGGAAGGGAGAAGGAAGCCAUUAUUAUAUCAAUGGUUCGAUCAAAUUCAAAAAAAGAGGUUGGCUUUCUGAGUGAUCGCCGGCGAAUGAAUGUGGCUGUGACACGGUCUAGAAGGCAAUGCUGUCUUGUCUGUGACACAGAGACAGUCAGUGGUGAUGGAUUUCUGAAGCGAUUGAUUGAGUAUUUUGAGGAGCAUGGCGAGUAUCUGAGUGCAUCUGAGUACCAGAAUGAGUAGGCCAGACUCCCAAGGUUAAGAUUUCUACUGUUACACUCAUGUGAUCAAUUUAUUGAUUUUGUUGAUGUUGUUAGUAGAUAUGUGAAGGUUUCUCAAAUCUUUCCUAAGCUAUUUGGAAUGGAAAGAAUGACAGUUUAUGUAGAAGAAAAAAUUUAUUGGUAUUUAUUGAAACUCGAAAGUGAUAUCGUCAUGAAUAAUAUCCUUAAUAAUUUGGUUUUUCA